CACCCGGUUGCUGCCCCUCCUCCCGGUGGGUGGCGUUCCUAUGGCAACAAGCACGCGCAGUCCGGGCUCACCCUGCCAGCCGUUACCGACUUAACUCCAGGCCGGUCACUUGCCACGAACAGGAGACACCGCGGUGCGUCCUACCUACCCCCAAGCUUCGGCUCUUCAUCCUUAGGGCGAGAACAAGGAAUCGCCGAACAACAUGGCCACAGCAGAGGGUUCCUCGUCGCUGGAGGACUUGGACCUGAGCAGAGAGGAGGCCCAGCGUCUCACCUCCGCUUUCCGGGACCCCGACUUUCGGCGCAUGUUCUCCGAGUACGCGCAGGAGAUCACGGACCCGGAGAACCGGCGGCGAUACGAGGCGGAGAUCACCGCGCUGGAGCGAGAGCGCGGGGUGGAGGUGCGGUUCGUGCACCCGGAGCCCGGCUACGUGCUGCGCACCAGCCUGGACGGGGUUCGGGGCUGCUACGUGAACACGGCUCCGCAGCCUGCGCCCACAGAGCCUCGCUGCAGCGUGGUGCAGCGCCACCACGUGGACCUGCAGGAUUACCGCUGCUCCCGGGACUCGGCGCCCAGCCCCGUACCGCACGAGUUGGUGGUCACCAUCGAGCUGCCUCUGCUGAGCUCGGCGGAGCAGGCAGCGCUGGAGGUGUCGGGAAAGCUGCUGUGCCUCGACUCCAGCAAACCCGACUACCGGCUGCGGCUCUCGCUCCCGUACCCGGUAGACGACAGCCGCGGCAAGGCGCAGUUCAACAAAGCGCGGCGGCAGCUAGUGGGCGCGCCCGGAAGUGACUUGAGGAGCUCGGCUCCUGGAGCCGGGGAAGAGCUGGUCCCAGAUUCUGUGGAGCUGGGCGUGGGUGCGUCCUCUUGCUCGCCCCAGGGUGGGCAGAAGGAGCAGCCUUAUCUAGGGAGCUCCUCUGAGGACUCAGGGGGAGGCUCCCCUUGUGCUUCAUCCCGGGGCGCUGGUUGGGAGUCUCCGGCAGGAAGCGAAGGCGCGGGCGGCCCGCAGUCCGACCGAGCCAUGGCAGGCCCGGCGACCGCGAGCGGGGAACCUUCGUGCCCUCCUCUGCGAUGCAGUCAGGACGAAGACUCCCUGACGCUGCUAGUUCAAGUGCCGGGGGUUCAGCCACAAAGCCUUCAAGGAGAUCUGAACCCCCUCCGGUACAAAUUGAACUUCUCCACUCAAGACUUAGCGUAUUCCUUCCACUUGGAGUUUGCUCCAGAGAAUAAGUUGAGUACCAAAGAACCCGAGAUUAAUGUUUCUUCAGACAAUGCAGUGGUACUGCUGGCCAAAGCUCCAGGGAGCCGUGGACAUUGGCGAGAGUGGUUCUGUGGUUUAAACAGCGAUUCUUUGGAGGAAAGGUUAUUUGUCAGUGAAGAAAAUGUUAGUGAGUUUCUUGAAGAGGUCCUGAAUCCUCCAUUCAAACAGAAAGUGCCCCCAGCCCCACCAGUAAUUGAAGUUCUUCAGGUUACUGAUGAGAAGAUUCAAAUUCAUGCCAAGUUACAAAAAUGUAGUAAUCCUGAUCAGCUUCAAGGAAAGGAAAAAAGAAUCAAUGAAGGAUGUCCUCAAACUGAAAAUGAAAAUAUAGAACAUCUUCCCAUCUCUGCAAUUGAUUCUGAUUCGUCUAUAGCAGUUAAAGCACGAGAUAUAGAUAUUUGUGGUUCAGUUGCAGGCUUUCAGCAAGAGCCACUUGAUGUUUCUCCAGCGCAGCUAGGAAAACCUCAGCCACCUGAGGCAAAAAUGGAACCUCAAUUUGUAAAAGAAAAAAGUGCUACUUAUUCACAUGAGGAAGAUAAUUUAAAGGAACGCGUCAUAACUGAAGGAAAACAGUUUGAUGGAGGUCACCAAUCUUCAUCACUGAGCAAAACUGUAAUUCACAAUACAACUGAUUUUGAUAGCCUAAAAGAAAUCAAUACGCAGGAUGGUAGUGUGCAAAUUAUUAAAGAUCAUGUGACUCAUUGUGCAUUCAGUUUUCAGAAUUCUUUGCUGUAUGAUUUGGACUAAUUCAAUGAAAUUUUGGAAUUUGAAUGUUAAAAGUAAAAAAUUGGGGGACCUAAAAUAGUUUACCUAUUAAAAGUAAAGAUAUUCAACAAAAUAUAAAUUAAAAUUUGCAAUUUUAAUUCCAGUGGGUAAACGAGCUAUUUUUCUUUAGAAUUUAAAGUUUCCUUAAUUAAUGUAAGUUUUAUGAUUACUCUGAGGUUUUUUUCUAAUGGAGAGUAAAUACAACCUGUAUUGACUUCUGAUGUUGAUUUUUGUUUUCAUCAUUAAAGUUUCAAAAUAAAUAUUCACUAAGUUGUGUUUCUCACAAACUAGUUCUCAAGAUUGGAAGUAUCUGGAAAUAUGCAGGAGUGGAAUUUCAGAACUAGUUUCUGAGUAUGAUAUAUUUGUGCUUAAGACAGCUUGUU